GCAGCUGUGAAUUCAAACUUAACUAACAUAUGAGUGAAAGUGCGAUAUUGUAAAAUUGAAUGUUUUGGCUGUUACUGGAAAUUUGUAGUUGUGUGCCACAUUAUUUUUCUAUCCUGACACCUGGGGGGCUCCGUACAUUCGUGCAGUUGCUUUAAUAAGAAGAAUUGAGCUGGACCCGUCUCGUCGGGAGGAACAAAGCAACAAUUUAUUUAAAAGUAAAUUAAUUUGGAUAAACUAUAAAACAGCGAAAGGAGUCCCAAAGUCCUCAAAUCUUACGACGUUAUCUACUGAUCAAAAACCAGGAAGAACUGUUGUUUCCCACAGAUCAUGAACGCAGCAGGUUGCACCAACCCUCUUUGCCAUCUGUGAGUGAAUAAAACCCGCUUCAUAGGUGGCUCGUCGCUGGGCAUUCCUACGUUAGAAGAGCGACAACCUCCGCGUUUUGGCUGUAGGCAACAUGGAAAACGGCUUUUCCAAAACCGGGGACCCUGAACUGGACCAGGCAAUCAGACAAUGGCUGCAAUAUGACAAGAAUCCGAAGACGGUGUCUGCGGUAGAGAAGCUGCUGAACGACGGCGCCAUCGAAUCACUGAAAAAAUGUUUCUCAUCUCGGAUGGAGUUUGGCACGGCAGGUCUGAGAGCAGCCAUGGGCCCCGGCAUAGCCUGCAUGAAUGACCUCACUAUCAUCCAGACUACACAGGGUUUCUGUCGCUAUCUGGAGGAAAGUUUUGGAAACCUCAAAGAGCGGGGAGUCGUGAUCGGGUACGACGCCAGAGCCCACCCUGCCAGCGGGGGCAGCAGCAAGAAAUUUGCUCAACUGGCUGCAGCUGUGUUCACCAGCCGAGGGGUUCCUGUUCACCUCUUCUCUGACAUAACACCCACUCCCUUCGUGCCUUUCACAGUUGCACACCUGGGUCUGUGUGCUGGUAUCAUGGUAACUGCUUCACAUAACCCAAAGCAAGACAAUGGCUACAAGGUUUACUGGGAGAAUGCUGCCCAGAUAGUGUCCCCUCAUGACAAAGGUAUUUCCAAGGCCAUAGAGGAGAAUCUGGAGCCUUGGUCAGAGUCCUGGAAUACCGAGGGAGCCCUUAAAAACUCUCUGCUCAAAGACCCUUAUGAGGAUGUCCACACACAGUACUUCAAAGCCAUUCAGAAACACUGCCUUCACAGGGAGUUAAACAAGAGUUCAGAAGUCAAAAUUGUGCAUACGUCAGUGCACGGAGUCGGCCACACAUUUGUGCAGUCAGCUUUCAAGGCCUUUGACCUCCACCCACCGUUCGCUGUGGCAGAACAGAAAGACCCCGACCCAGAGUUCCCCACUGUUAAAUACCCCAAUCCUGAGGAGGGAGAAGGAGUUCUGACCCUCUCCUUUUCUUUGGCUGAAACCGAGGGGGCCACUGUCGUGCUCGCAAAUGACCCGGAUGCGGAUCGACUGGCUGUCGCUGAAAGGCAGGAGAGUGGACAGUGGCGGGUGUUCAGUGGGAAUGAGCUUGGAGCAUUACUGGGCUGGUGGAUGUUUCACUGUUGGAAAGAACAAAACCCUGACAAUGGCGCUGUGAAAAAUGUUUACAUGUUGGCCAGCACUGUCUCAUCCAAGAUUCUGCGUGCCAUUGCCCUUAAGGAAGGCUUCCAUUUUGAGGAAACAUUGACUGGGUUCAAAUGGAUGGGAAACAGGGCACGAGACCUUUUGGAUCGAGACAAGACUGUCCUGUUUGCCUUUGAGGAAGCCAUUGGGUACAUGUGCAGUCCCGCAGUGUUGGACAAAGAUGGAGUGAGCGCUGCUGCAAUAGCAGGAGAAAUGGUUUCCUACCUCGCUGCUGAACACAAAAGUCUUUCUCAGCAACUGACGGCCAUCUAUGAAGAGUAUGGCUACCACCUCAGUAAGAACUCUUACUUCAUCUGCCAUGACCAGGAUGUGAUCCGCAGUUUAUUUGAGCGCCUGCGUAACUACGGCGGAGGCAAGGAUUCCUACCCGAGCAAAUGCGGCCCGUUCUCCAUCACUGCUGUCCGCGACCUGACCACCGGCUACGAUAGCAACCAGCCCGAUAACAAGGCUAUUCUUCCCACUUCCCGUUCCAGUCAGAUGAUCACAUUUACGUUCUCCAACGGGGGUGUGGCCACCAUGAGAACCAGCGGCACCGAACCUAAAAUCAAAUACUACACAGAGCUAUGUGCAGCACCUGGUAACAGUGAUUUGGAGCACCUGAAGAAGGAACUGGACCAACUGGUUGAUGCCAUCAUUGAAAACUUCUUUGAGCCAAAGAAAAACAAAUUACAGCCAAAGCCAGAGUAGACAAUAUCUGAACACAAUAUCUAAAUUAUGUCUCUAUUAGACAUAGGCAUCAGACAGACCAGUGGCAACUAGGAACAUGAAACUGCAUUCAAUACUUACAGUCUUAAAUCCUAUCUGAAACAAUGUUAAUAGAUUUUUUUUAGGAGAUUAUUUUUUAACAAAUGUAUUAAUCUUUAUUUUGAUAAAAUGAGUUCUGAGGCUUUUUGGAUAGUUUUCCAACUAUUGUUGCUGUAUGCAUUACGUAAGGCUGUCAAUAGAACAUGUCGUGACCUUUCACAUAAACAUUUCUGAGUACUGCAGUAAUGUACAUGUUGUAUUCCAUUGCGCCUAAAUUAUUUUUAUUUUCUUUGAUACAAUUAAACAGUCUUAGUAAUGAUGUUGGUAGUAUUCAUGAGACUACCAGCUUGGCGUUUCACAUGCAUUAGUUACCUUUUCUUUUAAAAGAGCUGGGAGCCACAUAAUGCUGCAUAUUUUGUUUUACAGCAGAUUGAACUGCCUGCAUCAAUGGACAGCUGUGAAUGAAAAAUGUUAUUUCUGCAUUUAGCGCCAAUAUUUUGAACCAUCUGGCGGGGAGGGGGCUUAGUUGAAGCUUACUUUCAAAUGAGUGCCGUAGUUUUCGGACUAUAAGGUGCACUUGACAAUAAGCCGCCACCCACCAAAUUUUAGACGAAAACGCCAUUUUUUCAUAGAUAAGCCGCACUGAACUACAGUGGUACCUCGACAUACAAUCGCUUCAACACACAAUCUUUUCGACAUCUGACUAAAAAUUUGACUUGCCAUUUGUUUCCACAUCUGACGACAUGCUCGAAAUACGACGACAUGACAACACUGCAAAUGAACGCACGGCGGAUUUUCUUGUGUGAGAAAUCAACACAAGUUUCAAAAAAGUUCUUACAGUUGGUUAAAAAAUGAAUAAAGUGAUGCUUACCUUUGAUGUGAAGAUGCAAAUUAUAGAAAAAUAUGAGCGUGGGGUGCGCAUCCAUGAACCGGCUCAACAAUACAGCUCCACUGUCCUCUUCCGACCACCGUUCGCCAGUCUUAAUAAGUUAAGGUGACUAUUAUUAUUGUGGUAACAUCGCCAGCUUCGUCACGUUUUUAUCAUUUAUUUAAGAACUUAUCCAACACAAAACGCCCAUUGUCCUCCGCAGUUGACUGUGCUCUAAAGAAAACGAAAGUAUUAUCUCUACCGCACCGGCCAAUCUCACUGUGACGUCAGCCCCGCGGUGUGUUCAGGUACAGCAAAAAGUGUCCGCCACAUUUUUUUUUUUUUUUUUAUGGAAUUGUCAUAAUCAUCGGUAUCAUUGACAAUCAUUGACAAUUACAAAAUGUGAUAUGAUUUGCCCGAAGGAACCGAAGAAGACGACAAAGGCAGACGAGAUGAAGCAUUUGCUCAACAGUUUCCCGUCACCCAUACAACUAAAGACGCACAUUCAGGCAUGGAACAUACAUAAAAACUGUAAAAUAACACAGUCAACAAUCUGGGUUUGGUAACUAAGCGUCCAGUCAAGCAGCUCGAUUAAUUUUAGGGCGUACAAGGUUAUGACUUUGUCAUGUCCCUGACAUUUUUGCAUCUGUUUGCUGUGGAACAUUUUGUUGUGGCUAUGUGUGUGACACGUUAUCACAGCUGGUGUGAGUAGCGACUCAAAAUGCUUUUCUUAUAAGUCUCUUCAAAGGAUACAUUGCUGAGGUGUACAUGGUGGCAACAAUUGGCGCACACAAGGUCACUCUAAGUUUCAUCAGACAUGAAUGUAUGAGAAAAUCAAACAACAUUAGAAUCCGAUUCGUUACAUUAUUUACAGGUAUAAUUAUUAUUAUUAUAUUAUUCCGAUUUUAUAUUUAUAACCUAUUUGUUUUGCUAUGUUUAAUUGCCAUUUUUAAUAGUACCAGCAGUAUUUUUUAAGGGUGUAGUGUAGGUUUUUGGUUUGUGGAACGAAUUAAUGGAAUUAUAUUGUAUUCCUAUGGGAAAAUCCUUCUCGACAUACGACAAUUUCAACUUACAAACACAGUGCUGGAAUGAUUAACUUCGUAUGUAGAGGUCCCACUGUACAGUCGCACCUCCAGUUGUAAAAGUUGAAAUCACAUUAACUUAACGGUUUAUUUUUACUUCCCCUCAUAAUUUUUCAAAGUGAAUUUUACCGAUUAUAGUUGCAUAUAAUGUUGAAACGAAUUAACGUCGUAUGUAGAGGUACCACUGUAUAUGCUACAGCUGUCGUCACUGUAUUAUGGCAUAUUUAAACCAAAAGGUAUUAACCGAUAACUUUUUCUUUAACAGCGGCAUCAUAAGACCAAAUAAACCACCAUAAGCUGUGAACGAAUUGGCUGCAAAGCUUCAUUUGGCCAUCACUGCUCCCUUGGGGGAGACGGUCAACUUCUGCUGCCACCUGCUGUCAUCACUGUUGUUGUCCAACAUGCCUCCUAGCAUGCAUUGCAGCACUACAGAUGUAAAAAACAAUCAGAAUUAAUGUUCUGUGCUAAUUAUUCAGUUACUCUUCCAGUUGUUUUAUUGCUACUUAUGGUAUUUAGUAACAUUUUAUUUGAUAGUGGCGCCAUAAGACUCAUAAUACCAUCAUAAUUAUGACAUGACACUGGCAUGAGCAUUAAUUAAUGAUUAUGACAGAUGCCAUUUUGUGUCAUCUGACAAAUGAUCUCACUUUUGAAUGGACUAAAAGAUCUGAGAUGGACAUAAAUGAAGUUAGUGACAUAAAUUGCAGGAUGACACUUAAUGACAUUUGUCAUAAGCAUUCGUUUAUGCCUAUGAUAUUGUCGUGUCAUAAUUAUAACGGUCUUAUGGCAGUGUUAUGACACCGCUGUAUAAGUGUUGCCUAUUGACCCAAAUGAAUCAACAAAUGAGCCGCACUGCACUAUAAGUCGUAGGAUUCAAAAUGAGGGGGAAAAAAUAGCGUCUUAUAGUCCGAAAAUUAAGGUAAAUGUCUCUUUAAGUUCUCCUUACAUUCAUGAAAUUAAAGACAAACUUAAAUUGUUCACAUGCAACUAACAAAAAUCCGUCUUCCUUGUUCAAACGUCAUUUUAUCAUUUAUUUUGUAAAAAUGCUUCUCAAGAAUCUUUGUGUGUGUGUGUGUGUGGAAAAAUAUGUGCAAUUUUCAUAGUUUUUUGCAUUCUGGAAAUAAUUAACCCCUUAAUAUAAUGGAGGUUUUUAGGCAAAGUGAUUUUUCUCAAUUGCAGUCACUUGGAAGAUAACGUAAAACAUUCCAUUCAAUUUUAUUUGUAUAGCCGUGGAUCACAACAACGUUGUCUAAAAGGGCUUUGCAGAGGCAUUAUGAUACACAAUCAGAAACAGCAAAUGGAGCAACAAAGAUUAAUAAAUAAAGUUCAAGUCCUGGGUAUCCACCAUCCUUAGACACUCCAUGUCGGCAAGGAAAAACUCCAGAGUCUUUGGGAGAAAAUGAGAAACCUUGGGGAGUACCACAGUCAGGAGAGAUCCACUCCCAGGACGGAUAGACAGGAAGCCCCAGGACUGCUAAUGGGAAAUAGCAGGCAAAGUUACAGUCUGUAAAGAUGCAGUGGAGUAAAGGAACAAGAAGAGGUCCAUCUAGCCAGAUGAGACGGGGGUAGCAACGAGGACGUCCAUCCAGCCAGGGGUCUGGACAGUCAGGAGGCUGCAGCUGAAAAAUAGCCCCUCUCCAGACGGAGUGGGGAAAGGGGACGCCGGGUGACUAGUGAUGAAGAGACUAGACAACUAGAUAUUAACACUGGAAAAUAGAAAUAAAGUAAGACAAGUGCUGGUAGAGUGAGAAAAAGGAGAUAGAACUCAGUGGCUGUACUUCCCCCAGCUUUAUGGCUUCUAGUGCCGCUUAGACUAAACUGUGAGUCUACUCCGACUUCAACUAGCCUGACCAUAAGCUUUGUUGAAUAGGAACGUUUUUAAUCUAAUCUUAAAUGUGCAGACUGUCUCGGCUUCUUUAAAUUAGCUGGAAGCUGAUUCCAUAUAACAGGGGCUUGGUGGCUAAAGGCUCUAGCUCCGACAGUACUUUUAGAAACCCUGUGAACUACCAGUAGACCUGCAUUCUGAGAGCGGCGUGUUCUGUUGGGGCGGUAUGGAACCAGGGCAUCGGUGAGAUAAGAUGGCCCCAACCCAUUAAUGGUCUUAAAUGUAAGAAGGAGGAUUUUAAAUUUAAUUCUAAACUCGACUGGAAGCCAGUGAAGGGCCUGGAGCACAGGGGUGAUGUGGUCUCUUCUAUUGGUUCCUGUUAAAAGUCUUGCUGCUGCGUUUUGGACUAGCUGAAGACCUCUUAGAGAACUUUUAGGACAAGCUGCAAGUAGGGAGUUACAGUAAUCCAAUCUCGAUGUAACGAACGUGUGAAUGAAUUUUUCUGCAUCGCUUUUAGAUAAAAUAUUUUAAACAUUGAUUUCAAAAAAGUGCUGUGAGAGUUCAGCGGUUGUGGUGUGAUAAAUCAUAAAUCAUUCUAUUUCAUGGAAUUGGUCUAGAAAUUAUUUACCAAUAAUUAUGUGUAUUUGUUAAUCUGUCAGUGCUAGCAAUGUGUAGUGCAGUGAUCGGCAACCCAAAAUGUUGAAAGAGCCAUAUUGGACCAAAAAAAUGUCUGGAGCUGCAUGAAAUUAAAAGCCUUAUAUAAGCCUUAUAAUGAAUGCAACACAUGUUGUAUGUAUAUUUGCCUACUAUCAAAAUGACUAAGUUAGCUACAAAUACAAAAUGACCCUUAAUGAUUAAAUGUUUAUUUUCCCUGCAGUGCAUCCUAUAGGAAAUGACGCAGCAAGUCAGUGUGUGCAGACCGAUGGCGGGGCAGGUGCUGAUAGAUCA